GUCCCUGGGGUGCUGGGUGUUGGGGGUGGGGGUGCUGGGUGCCCACGGUGCAAAAUACCCAUGGGGAUGGGUGCCCCGGGGUGCUGGGUGCCCCAUUAUACUGGGUGCCCCAUUAUACUGGGUGCCCCAUCAUACUGGGUACCCCAUUAUACUGGGUACCCCAUCAUACUGGGUGCCCCAUUGCAUUGGGUGCUGGGUGCCCCAUCACACUGGGUGCCCCCCAUCACCACCCCCCCCCCCAUCACCCCCUUCCCCUCUCUCCUAACCCCCUUUUUUUCCCCUCUUCCCGCAGACCACCAUGGCCCCGUGCCCUCGCUGACGGCCGCCCCCUCCGCCAGCACCCUUGGGUGCCCCCCACCAUGGGCGACUCCUACACCGCCGCCUUCCCCAGCGGCCCGGGGCUGCUCUCGCCCUCCGCCAGCCCCCAGGCAUCGCCCGGUCCUUACGGCCCCGAUUACGGCCCCUUCGGGCACCCCUUCCCCGCGCCCACCGGCACCCAGGAGGUGUUGGGUGCCCCGGUGGUGGUGGCCACCAAGGGGCACCCAUCGGGCGACUGCUUGCCGGGGGUCUACCCCUCCCUGGAGAUGCCGCACCCCUACGGCUCCUGGUACAAGGGCGGCAUCGGUGGGGGGCUACCGGGGGGCUCGGGGCCGGCGGCCCCGGCUUGGUGGGACGUGCACCCCAACGGCGGCUGGCUGGGGGGCCGGCGUGCCGAGGGGCUGCAGGGGUCCCUGCAGGGCCAGCCGGCUCUCAGCCCCCCCCUACCCGCUUACGGCUCCGAUUUCGGGGCUCUCAACCCCCCGCCUUACGCCGGGGGUCCCGGCGCCACCCCACUCCCCAAAAGCGGCUUGGGGGACGCGGGGGGCAAAGGGCCUCGAGGCGGGGGCUCUCCGGGGACGGGAGGGCGAGCGGCUUGCGACUGCCCCAACUGCCAGGAGUUGGAGAGGUUGGGGGGCGGCGGGGGGGGCGGCGGCGCGGGGGGGCUGAGGAAGAAACCGGUGCACAGCUGCCACAUCCCGGGCUGCGGCAAGGUGUACGGCAAAGCCUCGCACCUCAAAGCCCACCUGCGCUGGCACACGGGCGAGCGCCCCUUCGUCUGCAACUGGCUCUUCUGCGGCAAGCGCUUCACCCGCUCCGACGAGCUGGAGCGCCACGUGCGCACCCACACGCGGGAGAAGAAGUUCACCUGCCUGCUCUGCAGCAAGCGCUUCACCCGCUCCGACCACCUCAGCAAACACCAGAAGACCCACGCCGAAGCCGGACCCCCCAAAACCCCCGGGGGGGUCGCCGAACAGCAGCCCCCCGCUUCCCCUCGCCGCCCCGCCGCCGCCUCGCCGGACAAGGACGCCGGCAGCCCCGAGGCCGGCAGCUUGCUGGAGAUCUGAGCCCCGCGCCUUCCUCCUCCUCCUCCUCCUCCUCCUCAUCCUCUUUUUUCCCCUCUUCCUCCUCCUUCCUCUUCCUCCUCGCCGGGGAUAUUUAUUUCGGGGUCCACCCCGCCACCCCCGCCAAGCCUACACCCCCCGGGGCCAGCAGCCGCUCCCCGUUAUAAAUUAUAAUUUAUGUCUUAAAUUAUGGCGAGGGGCGCAGGGCGGGGGCUCGCCGAGCGCCGGGGGGAGCGCCGGGGGGGGAUUUUUGGGGUGAGCGCCCCCUUUUUCUCUGCCCCCCCCCUCCCCUUUUCUCGCCUCGCCGGCUGUCUUGGCCCCGCACAGAGCUCAGGGACAGGGUUUGCCCCUUCUCCUCCGCCUCGUUAGCACGCCCAGGUCGUUAGGCGCUGAUGUACCCCCCCCCCUCAUUAGCUGGCUACCCCCCCCCCAAAAAAAAAAAUUAAAAAAUAAAAGCAAUAAAGGGAUCAACCAGGAGCAACGGCAGCG